AUGGAUAUUGAAGAAAGGAAAGAAGACCUUGAGUGUCCCAAUUUAGGAAUUGAGAGAAAAUAUGAUGAGAUUUUUGUACAAGUGAAGAAGUUAUUGGUAUUGGCAGGGCCUUUGAUGUUAGUUAAUAUUUUGUUAUAUUCCUUACAAGUGAUCUCUGUUAUGUUUGUUGGUCAUCAAGGAGAGUUAGCUCUUUCUGGUGCUUCAAUGGCUACUUCCUUUGCCUUUGUUACCGGUUUCGGCUUGUUGAUGGGAAUGGGAAGUGCAUUGGAAACACUGUGUGGUCAAUCAUAUGGUGCAAAUCAAUAUCAUAUGCUUGGUAUUCAUAUGCAAAGGGCAAUGUUUGUUAAUCUUUUGGCUAGCAUACCACUUGCUUGUAUUUGGGCUAAUGCAGGACGUAUUCUUGUAAUCUUGAGACAAGAUCCGGAAAUAGCAGCUGAAGCAGGAAUUUAUGCACGCUUCAUGAUACCGAGCAUCUUUGCCUAUGGACUACUUGAAUGCCAAAUUAGGUUUCUACAAGCUCAAAACAAUGUUGUCCCUAUGAUGCUUACUGCAGGAGGCACCGCGCUGCUGCAUGUUUUUGGUUGUUGGAUUCUUGUGCUCAAAUCUGGCCUUGGAAGCAGAGGAGCUGCUCUGGCUAAUGCUACAUCUUACUGGAUUAAUGUGUUCUCGUUAGUUGCGUAUAUUAAGAUAUCACCUUCCUUCAAAAGUACUUGGACCGGAUUCUCAACUGAAGCAUUUUCUGAUAUCCCAAGAUAUCUUAAACUAGCAGUUCCCUCCGCUCUCAUGAUAUGCUUGGAGAUAUGGUCGUUUGAAAUGAUGGUUCUGUUGUCUGGUCUUCUUCCUAAUCCGAAAUUAGAAACCUCAGUUCUUUCCAUCAGCCUUAAUACAUCUGCUAUGGUACAUAUGUUGCCUCAAGGACUAGGUGGAGCUACAAGUGUAAGAGUUUCCAAUGAAUUGGGAGCUGGACGACCAAAAAUAGCUCGUCUUGUAGCGCGUACUGCAACAAUCUUAGCUACUACAGAAGGCAUUCUAGUAGCUAUUGUCAUGGUUUCGAUCCGUAAAGUCUGGGGCCAUUGUUAUAGCAAUGAAGAAGAAAUAGUGAAAUAUGUUGGGAAAAUGUGUUUCUUUUUAGCAGGAUCUCACUUCUUAGAUGCACAUCAAUCUAUAUUUUCAGGUAUUGCUAGAGGAUGUGGGUGGCAAAAGAUAGGUGCAUAUGUCAAUUUGGGAGCCUUUUAUCUGUGGGGAAUACCAAUUGGUAUUGUGUUAGCUUUUGUCUAUCAUGUUGGAGGAAAGGGACUUUGGUUGGGAAUCAUUCUGGCCAUUUCCGCUCAAGUUGUGAUUUACUCUGUUGUUAUUCUGAGAACAAAUUGGGAUGAACAGGCAAAGAAAGCAGCAGUUAGGGUGACUCAAGAGUCAACAUAG